AUGGUCGCGGAGAAAAUCAAAUAAGAAGCGGGCGAGUUCUUGAGAACAACAGGAAGAAAGAAAAUCGCCCGAAAAUAAGGAACAGGAUUCUGUAAACAUUGGGGGUACUUCUCCUAAUUUCGAUGCCGAAUUUCUAAUCUUCGAUCUCUGAGGAAGGUUCUUGUUCAUGGCGUUGCCUGAUUGAAGGCUUAUCUCUGCCGACAAAGUUUCUGCUCUGCGUUUUCAGGUUCCGUUUCGACUUAUACAUUUUCGUAUUUCAUUUGGAUCAGUGACUGAUUCUCUCGCCUGAGGAUCUGACAGAAUGAAGUUCUGCUCGAUUUUAUUUUGUACUUCUGCUUAAUUUGAAGUCGGAUGUUUGUUCUGGUUUAUUGUUCUGUGCCCUUUUGUAGUGUGUUUGGGAGAUGGAUUUUGAUAUCCGAAGUUGAAAUGUGCUGUUUAGCCUGAAUUUUUUUGAUCUUUUGGAGUGUGCGGCAUUCAUUAGGGUUCUGCAUUUCGUGGUGGAUAAGUGAGUUUUAUUGGCCAUCGCCAUGGAUGGUCUUGGGGAUUCUCAAUCUGGGCGUGGAGUUGUUAAUUCUCAAUCUAUGGAAAGUGAGGUUGUUCGUGAUGAUAAUAGGGUUGCCGAUCAAGGAUCGCCUCUAAGAGGUGGUGGGAGGAAUACGAGCCCAUUGGGUAGAGCAGGAUCGAGGAACACUAGUCCUUCGAGGCCGAAGGUUAUAAAGACCAAACCACGUGGUUUAGAUGAGGAAACAGUCACAACCUUCGGUAAAGCAGCUCAUCCAGAUGUUCAAAUGGAAGAUAGUAUAUGGGCAAUGCUGCCUGAAGAUUUGUUGAAUGAGAUCUUAGCUAGGGUUCCUCCAUUUUUAAUCUUUAGGUUUCGUUCUGUAUGUAAAAGGUGGAAUUCGAUACUUCAAGAUAGUAGUUUUCUUAAAUUUCACGCACAAGUGUCUUCACAUGGGCCUUGUCUUCUUACAUUUUGGAAGAAUUCUCAAACUCCCCAAUGCUCAGUCUUCAGCUUACCGUUAAAAACAUGGUAUAAGAUUCCAUUCACAUUUUUGCCUCCUUGGGCAUUCUGGUUGGUUGGUUCAUCUGGUGGACUUGUUUGCUUUUCUGGGCUUGAUGGGCUAACUUUCAAAACCCUGGUAUGCAAUCCGCUCACACAAAAGUGGAGGGCAUUGCCAAAUAUGCAUCAUAAUCAGCAGAGGCAGCUGAUUUUGGUUGUUGAUCGGACUCACCGAUCAUUUAAAGUUGUAGCGACUAGUGAUAUUUAUGGUGAUAAGUCCUUACCUACUGAAGUUUAUGACUCGAGGCUGAACCGUUGGUUGCUUCACCAGACAAUGCCUGCAGUAAAUCUCUGCUCCUCGAAGAUGGCAUAUUGUGAUUCCAAGUUAUACUUGGAAGCACUUUCUCCACUUGGUCUAAUGAUGUAUCGGCUGGACACGGGCUAUUGGGAACACAUUCCAGCCAGGUUCCCUCGUUCAUUAUUGGACGGGUAUUUGGUUGCUGGUACACAGAAGCGUCUAUUCCUUGUUGGUAGGAUUGGACUUUAUAGCACUCUUCAAAGCAUGAGAAUUUGGGAACUGGAUCAUGCAAAAGUUAUGUGGGUUGAGAUUAGUAGAAUGCCACCUAAAUAUUUUCGAGUUUUGUUGAGGUUAUCAGCGGAGAGAUUUGAAUGUUUCGGACAGGAUAAUCUGAUCUGCUUUACAUCUUGGAACCAAGGGAAGAGUCUUCUAUACGACGUGGAUAAAAAAGUAUGGUCUUGGAUUGCGGGCUGCGCUCUGCAGUCAUGUAACAGCCAGGUCUGCUUUUAUAAACCAAGAUUUGAUGCUUGUGUCUUUGUUACACCCAUUCUUAUUUGAGGCACAAUUUUUAGUUCGACUUCUACAUGUACACAUCCAUGUAUAUCGUUUUGUCAAUAUCGGAUUACUCGGGCAUUCAUUUCUUCUGCUGUUUUGCUGGACUAACUACGCGGUCGUAAGCCUAGGAAACCAAUUUUGUUUCCAAGAUAUAGCAGUAGUAAGUAUAAUUUCACCAAGACUUCCGUACAUGGAUUUAAUUUAUGUGAUAACCUGCAUUCAAGGAAAUUAUGUGGGUGGCAUUUGGGAAGAAAGGAAGCAAGUUUGUAUUUUCUGAUUUGUUGGUUCAGGUUCAGUCCCGGUUAUCUCGAUGGCGAUCAGCUCCAUUGCUCUCCAAGUUCAAUCUGAUAUAUUAUUGUGAGCUACUGACUUCAAAGCUCGAUUACGAUGAUCAAGAAUGUUAAUGCCAUUUGCCAAAACUUGCAGCGCCGGGUUUUUUCUCGGUUGCUAGCUGCUCAAAUCUCGACCGUGGUGCCUCACGAGAUUCUGAACAAUCUGAUCUUUCAGGCUAACUUCUAUAGUUGAAGUUAAACACUGAAACUAUUGUUUUGAUAAUUGCAUAUAUACAUAUAUAUAGUCUUCAGAGCUUUUCUCUAAUGUAAAAAGAAUCAUCUAUUCAGGACAUGAUAAAGGCCUAUUUCUUCAAGUUCAACUGGAAUUCUUAUACUAAACCAGAUAUUUUCUCCU